AUGACGGACGCCGUCGUCGCUUCGAUGCCAUUCUUUCCGUUCUUGGACACCUUUCAUCCUGCAAAAUCCGACAGACCUCCACUUCCACGGAUCAUCUUCAACGUAACGUUACCCCGCGAAGACCAGCCCUCCCGCAGUAAUUCAUAUUACCAAGAGAAGUACACUGUCACGGAUGUCUGUCGCGCUAUCAAUGCAAGUGGUGUAUGCCCUUCGAUCGAGUUCGUCAAUACCGAGGACGUCUAUAUCGACAUCGACGGAACUCCUCUUGCCAGUAACGACCCUCAGUAUAAGCUCAAAGUAGACGCCAGUGGCAUGGACAAGCCCGCGGAUGGGUCUUCUUUGCCGGUCCGCCCAAUGUGGGAGCGUAUGCGGGUGACCGUCGAGUUCAAGCCCGAGUCAGAGGAUGCAGUGGUAGAUCCUGACGCGAAGUGGACGACUGCUGAACGAAAGCAGAAGUCGGUCGUGCAUCAGACCCCCAGGGCUAUCCACGCUCGCGGUCAAGCGUCGACCUAUGUUCUUCAUCAGUUCACCUACCAACCGCGUACGAAUGUCACGUCCCUCAUGAUCCUCGGAAAAUGGGCGCGUUUACUUCGUUACGACCACGCGGGCGUGGUAGCCUCUGAGCGCUUCGACUGGCGCGCGAACGACGGCGCGCUAUUGGCUGAGUUUCUGUCGCGCUUGGAGCACGCCACACCCCAAGAAGAGGGCUUCGAUGAUUCUGUCGGGGAUCUGUCUGACUUCGACGAUAAGCCGGAGGUGGUUGAGGAGGCGCGCAAGGCCAUGCAGGAGUUCUCGGAUGGGAUGCUCGACGUACCAAUCCAGGACGACGCCCCGCUGCGCACAGUUACAUGUUGGGACGACAGCCAGUUGGACGGCGCCGGCGUGCCAACGUCUCGCACGCUCAUCGCCACAUACCCUCUGGGCUUGAACUACUCGAUAGUCGGUCGCUACACCGUCAGCUUCGUGGGGUACGACGUCCAGCAACAGUGCGCUUACUGGGUCAAGGACUCCUGGCCCAUCAACGACCCGCAGUUCACGAAGGAGGGUCGCAUAUACGAACACCUGAACGCCGCUGGCGUGCCUCAUCUUGCUGCCGUUGAGUGCGCUGGUGAGGUGCGCUGGAAGUCGGACAACUCCGUGCGAAGGACGCGCACGCAUGAGUUCAUCGGCGCAAAGUGGUUGGGCCUGACCGCGAACAUCCACCCGCUCUCCCACUACCGCAUUCUGUUCAGGGACAUCGGGGGCCCGGUCAGCAAGUUCGAGUCGACACGGCAGCUUGUUACUGCUCUCUCCCACGCUAUCGAAGCACACUCCGCCGCCUAUCAUAAGGCUAACGUCUUGCAUCGUGAUAUCUCACCGGGCAACAUCCUCAUCAACCGUAAGGGAGAUGGGAUGCUCAUCGACUGGGAUCUGGCACUUCUGUAUAGCAAUCUGGAGAAGGACUUGACCGGCCGCAAGCCCCGUACGCUGUGGAGAACAGGGACGUGGGCGUUCCUCUCCGUCGCUCUCCUUUCGCAGCCGAACACCAAGGCGCACGAGUUGAGCGACGACCUUGAGUCCUUCUUCUGGGUUCUUCUCUACGUCGUACUGCGCUACCGUUAUGGACCCGCUGCGUGGGCGGAUCCGUCGCACGACAAGGACUUCCAGUCGUAUAUGCUCAAGCUCUUCGAAUGGCGCAAUUGGGAAUCCGACGGUACCUGCUACGGCGGCGAGCCGAAAUCGCACUUCUUGGCGGAGCAGAUGGGCCACCUCAAGCGCUCGGACAUUCGCCACCUGCGGGACGCGCUCAACCACAAGAUUCCCCGGCCUCUCCGCGAUCUCAUCCUGCAGCUACGCACGGACUGGGACGGCUUCUAUAAGCUCAUGCGCGCCCACGAGGACGCUGACUCGGACUCGGAUGAUGCUGAGUCUGGUGCCGAGGACAACGCUCCCGAGGACGACGCGCUUCCGCCUCCUCCUCUGCCGCCGGAAGCCCCGCGCUCGCCUUCGCCCCCGCAUCCGCAGAAGCGCUCGUUCUCCACGCUCUUUGAUGACUCAGCUCAUCUCGAGACACGCUUCCGCGAUGCACUCGCAGCGUCGGGAUGGCCGAAGCACGCGGACCCCUCCCUCGAUCGCUUCCCGUACAUCCACCUCCCCGCCCGGACCCGGCAGAGCCUCCAGGAGGGCGCGCCAGCGCCCAUCCGACACACGCGCAGCGAUGUCCCGCAGAUCAGGCGCGCGAGGGACCCGGCGAACAACCUGCACAUCGAGCCGACGCGGCGGGAGGCUGCCGAUGACGCUCGGGCGCGCGUGGGCGGCCAGUUCUAUACUAUCGAGCAGCCGCCGUCUCGUGGGAAGAAACGCACGCGGGCGUCGGAGGAGAGCGCGCUGGAGUCUAUUCCUGAGGAGAGGGAGCCGAAGAUGGCUAGGUUCGAGGCGCGGACUGUCAUGAUGAGGCGUCAGGACGCUGGGCCGCCGACCGAGGUUCUGCUGAGGGAUGAGGAGGAUAAGCUUGUUAAGGACGAGGAGGGGCGGUUGGUGGUUCGUGAGGCCUGGAGCGCCCCAAGCGCCAGAAUAUGA